GAGAAACAUUCCUGGCAUAGUUUGGGAACAGUUCAGUAAGCAGCCCAGUGACGACGUCAGCUUCCCCCAACGGUAUAUAAGUGCGGAGGUGGCCAGACUUUAUCAGACAGCAACCGUUUUACCGAGAGCCUCAUCUACUCUAAGGAGCCUCUAACAAUAGACUACCAGCAAACAACGCGAGAGACAAACCACCGAGAGGGAAUACCUAAGGACUCCGCCGAAGACAGACUUUUCAUAAACCUCGAACAGGAUUCCUCUUGAACGCGUGCAAGAAUUUUGUCCAAGAUGCUGAUGCUUACUUUAGCCGUAAUCUUUCUUGGAAACCUCAACCUGGUCGUUUCCUCCCCCAACUGCCCCUCCGUUUGCGAGUGUCCGCUGGAGAUGCCCAAGUGCGCCCCCGGAGUUAGUGUGGUCCUGGACGGCUGCGGCUGCUGCAAAGUUUGCGCCAAGCAGCUGAACGAGGACUGCAGCCUGACCGAGCCUUGCGACCACACCAAAGGGCUGGAGUGUAAUUUCGGGGCCAGUUCUGCCGCUGCUACAGCCCGUGGCAUCUGCCGAGCUAAGUCAGAGGGCAGACCCUGUGAGUACAACAGCAGGAUCUACCAGAACGGAGAGAGCUUCCAGCCCAACUGUAAACACCAGUGCACAUGCAUCGAUGGGGCAGUGGGGUGCGUCCCACUGUGUCCGCAGGAGCUCUCACUGCCCAACCUGGGCUGUGCCAACCCAAGACUGGUCAAGGUGGCAGGCCAGUGCUGCGAAGAGUGGGUGUGCGACGAUGGCAAGGAGAAAGAUAUCCUAGAGAAGAUCUUUGGGAAAGAAAUGCUGACAGAGGAUCUGGAAAGAGACCUGACCAACAGGAAUGAGCUCAUUGCAAUUGUCAAGGGAGGACUCAAGUCCCAGCCUGCAUUCAGACCACAGCCUGAAAUCCACAUGUUCGACAGCCAGAAGUGCAUCGUCCAAACCACUCCCUGGUCCCACUGUUCCAAGAGCUGUGGAACCGGCAUCUCCACCAGAGUCACCAACAACAACAGCGAGUGCAAGCUGGUCAAAGAGACGCGACUCUGUGAAGUGCGACCAUGCACCCAGUCACCUUACUCCAGUCUGAAGAAAGGAAAGAAGUGCAGCAGAACCAAGAAAUCCAGCCAGCCAAUCAAGUUCACCUAUGCCGGCUGUUCGAGCCUGAAGAAGUACAGACCGAGAUACUGUGGAGCCUGUAUCGACGGCCGCUGCUGCAGCCCCCACGACACCAGAACCAUCCGGGUCAAGUUCCGCUGCGAGGACGGCGAGACCUUCAACAAGAACAUCAUGAUGAUUGAGUCCUGCAAGUGCACUUACAACUGUCCCAACACCAACGAAGCCUCCUACCCCUUUUACCGCCUAUCCAAUGACAUCCACAAGUUCAGAGACUGAAUGGCGACGAGCAUCCCGACCCCAGCAAGACAGAGAGAUUGGUGGCACCACUGGCAGCCAAUGGCAGUCUAGAUUAAUGCAGGGGUGUAAAUAGACCACCAGCCAACUACCAGCUUCUUGUUGUAACUAGAUUCCCAAGGAAUUAUGGAUUUACAUCAUGAGGACUUAAUGAAGUGCACUGUAUGCUGUGACUGCAUCAGCAUUCUUUAUACAAAUUGCUUCGUAUUAAUGGAGCAUUUGAAGUAGCUUCGUGAUGGAGCAAGAUGUAAUUAAUAUUUGUACAUUUACUUUAGUUGCUGUUAUCAAUUCACUGUGUAUAUUUUGAUCCUUUAUUUCUGACAUGACCCAGAGUGAAGACUUGUGUGUGUAUAUGUAGAUAUGCACAUGUGCAACUUCAAUUAGCAUACAAUCUUAUAUCUUAAGAACAUGGCAACGAAAUGAUACCUCUCAGCUUGUUUAACAAGUUUGUGGUUUCAUUCCUUCCUGACGUGGGCAUUAUUGUUCAUGUUUUGUGGCAGCUAUUGAUCUCCCUUCAUGAAAGACAAAGCGAAACAUGUCAAAGGAUGAAUGAAUGUCUUUAUUAUUGUUAUUAAUAUUAUUUAUCAAAAAACGUAGCUACUUUAUUUGGAUAUUAUGUGUCAUACUGGAAUUAAUUGUAAAAUGAUUUAAUUUUAUAUGCUUCAAUAAAACUGAUUUAUUUAUGAAAUGUGA